AACAAGCACUGUAUGUACCAGUCUGCCUUCAGAUACACCACCCGGGUGGAGCACAGACACUGGAGCUGACCGGACUCUUUCGAAUAAUCUGGACUGGACCUUUAUAUUCAGUACAGACUUCCUUCCUGUUGGAUUAGUUUGGCUUUAGAGGAGUUAUUUGAGUUUCGGUGGCAGCAUCUUGGACUACAAGGUGAUAAAACUUGGAUCUUCUCUGUCCUGUUCACAGCGGUACUUGUACUUCGUUGCCCUGUGAAUGCUGCGGUUGGCAGGUGACCCUCAGAAAAGAGGAGGAGAAGUGGUGACCAUGUGGAUCCCGACACCCAGCAUGACCGUCCCUCAGCGGAUGGUGCUGUACGGGACGUGUGUUGUGGCGUUGAUGAACUCAGUGGGCCUUCUGGUGCUCCUGGUCCAGCAGAAUCAGCAGCGUGCCUGGCUGGAGCAGACGGAGGCGAGGUUGACGGAGGUGGAGCAGAGCUCGGUGGUGGAGUUCCUGCAGGAGGUGCCCAGGGGAGCGGCGGGGAUGCGAGCGAACGCCGGGGAACACCCACAGUACCAGCAGCAGUACUCGAGGAACAAGAGGAGCGAAGAGCUGGAGAAGGAGCUGCAGGAGCUUCGGCAGGAGGAGGAACAGGUGCUCCAUUCGCAGGAGGUCAGCCAGGAGGUGGGAGGGGAAACAGAGAAGAAGAAGAAGGAUGAGCUGAAACACAAACACCGACACGGCCAGAGUUACCACAAGGCACAUGUGCAGGACGACAUGAUGAUGAUGAUGACUUACUCCAUGGUCCCGAUCAAAUUGCUGAUCGACAUUUGUAACAGCACCAAGGGAGUCUGCAUAGCUGGACCUCCAGGACCGCCUGGUUUGCCUGGUGCCGAUGGUUUGCCCGGCCUGCCUGGCCACAAUGGGACUGAUGGCAUCCCAGGACUGAGUGGACUGCCCGGGGCUGAUGGAAAGAGAGGGAAAAAAGGGCCACCAGGUGAGAACGGAGAGCCUGGUGAAAAAGGAGAGCGAGGAGAGCCUGGUCCACCCGGAGAGGAUGGGCAACCAUCCAAUGACGUCAUCAUCGAGGGUCCUCCUGGUCCCCCAGGACCUCCUGGGCCCAUGGGCCCUCCUGGACCUCAAGGACCUCCCCGGACACGGCACCACAGAGCCCACCUUCAGGCUGCUCAGACGCUGGGGCUGUUACACGCAAUUCCAAAUGAUGAAACUUCAUCUGUGAUGAAGCUGCAAGAGAAGCCCACGAAAAAGAACGAGUGCCUGAUCAAGUCUCUGAUCAACCCCAGGAACGUGACGAAGAUGGAAAGCACAUUCGGCACAUGGAUGAGAGACACCGCCCAGGUGAACGACGAGCGGAUAUGGGUGGCAGAGCACUUUUCUGGUCGUGUAGUGAAGGAAUAUGACAGCAUCGCCUCCUUUCAGAGCAACAGCAGUGAAAUUGUAGAUGUCAGGAAGUUCUAUCAGGGCUGCGGCCACAUGGUUCACAAUGGUUCCUUCUAUUAUCAUAUUGCUGGUUCUUCCAGCAUUGCCAGAUUUGACUUUCACACCAAGAAGCUCCACACUCUCACCAUAGACAACGCUCUGUACAACAACCUCGCCUACCUGCUCCACAACUCCAAGACCUACUUCAAGCUGGCGGUAGAUGAGAACGGCUUGUGGCUGAUCUUCGCCUCCAGCGUGGACGAGAGUGUCACCGUGGCCCAGCUGGACCAGAAGACCUUCUCCGUCACCACCUACAUCAACACCACCUACCCUCGCACCAAGGCCGGCAACGCCUUCAUCGCCUGCGGUGUCCUGUAUGUGACCGACACCAAGGACACCAGGGUCACCUUCGCUUUCGACCUGCUGAAGGGGAAGCCGGUCAAUAUGACCUUUGACCUGAGGUCUCCCGGCGGAGUGCUGGCAAUGCUCUCAUACAGCCCGAAGGACAGACACCUGUACGUGUGGGACCACGGCUACGUCCGGCUCUACGUGGUCCACUUCAUCUCUGAUGAUUGAAAGACACAGUCUGAAGAUGACCGACGACAUACAGAUCAACCUCCCGUCUCCCAACUCCUCACUUCAUCCUUUGAAACAGGUCAUACUUAGUUGUUUUUCAGUCUCAUCUUUAUCCUCCUGUCACACAAGGAAAUCAAUGUUUGGUCAAUAAUUAGCAAUACCGUCAAAAACCAUAUAUUGCUGUAUUUAUAUCCUAUUUGUAAUGUACAUGUGAGAUUUUUACUAAUGGUGUGAUAACGUUUUAUAAUUUUUUUUAUCAGAGUUCACAGUUGAUACAAAUCAAAUUUAUAAAUAAUCCUUCGUGCCCGUUGUGUUGUGAACUGUUACAUUAUUUUGUGUAUUUGCAUGGCAGUUGUCUUUUAUUUAUUUUUGUACAGAUGUACAUGUACGCCUUCCUCGCCCUGGAUAUAUAUGUCUACAUAGAGUCAAACCUGCCUUUGUAGAGAAGUAGCAGGGUCCCUGGUCACUUAUUCCUCUCAACACGAAAAUAAAAAGAACAAGUGUCAAAUCACCCUGAUGAAAUCAAAAGAAUUUAUUCACUUUACAAAGGCAAAACUCUGACCAUGACCUGUUCUCUCACACACCUUUAGGCUCAAGUGCCCAUCGAAGUGUCCACCCAUGAUACUGGCUCGUCUUUCAUUAUUACAUGCACACGUACACACUGGCACACACACACACAUCAGACACUGGUAGCACUAUUGGUAAAACGCAAAGGAUACAUACAGCACACAUAGUGGGCCGAGAGAGGGAGAGAAACACAAAUCUCUUUAAUAAAUACCAUACAAACACUUAACAAAAGUCACAACUAAUCCAGCUGGUAUGAUACGAACCAAAAAAUAAAGAAAUGCUUCCAUGUUUGUACAAGCUGUUGUGGUACUAUAUAUAUAUAUAUAUUGGAUAAUUCAUAUAUAUAUAUAUAUAUAUAUUUAUUUAUAUAAUUUAUAUAUUAAAACUAUUUAAAACAUGUUACUACUAGGCCAAAUAAAGCCAGACAUUCAUUU